GACUGAUUUCCUGUAUCUGUUUCCUGAGUUUAUCUCUGGUUUUUCUACGGCCACAAAGUACGAACUCUGUUAUUUCGACCUGAAUGUUAAGCCUCAGCAGGUAAUGGAGGCGAUCAAUUCCCUUGAUACUGCAGACAUUCAGUCACAGCCCACUGUUCCACUGUCUCCCCAUGUUCAUGUUCCUCCCACACUGAGAGGUGAGGAGUGUUACCAUGUCUUCAUCAGCUACAGCAGCACUGACUACCAGUGGACCCACUCCCUCAUCAACCAGCUGGAGUCCCGCAACCUGCAGGUCUGCUACCACGAGCGUGACUUCACUCCCGGUCGCACCGUGUUGGAGAACAUGUCUGAGUGCAUCCAGGAGAGCCAGAAGGUCCUGCUGGUCCUCAGCCCAGAGUUUGUGAGGAGUCGCUGGUGUCUCCUGGAGGCCAACAUGUCUCUGUUCAGAGACUGUCUGGAGAGGAAACCCAUCAUCCCAGUGCUGCUGGAUCCAGGAGUCUCAGUUCCUCUUCACCUCUGCCAUCUUACCUACCUGGAGGCCAGUGACCAUGACUUUCUGAAUAAGCUGCUCAAAGUGAUCUGCACCCCCAACCAGCAGCUUCAGGGCUCCACUGUUCUUCCUUUCCAACCUCCCUCCAUCUACAAUGGAAAGGCCCUGCAGCCUCUGUCUGCUGUCAAUGAUGAGGGACUCAAUAAAUGGGACUGUGGUCAGUUCAGUGACAUGGAGGUACCUGACCAACUUCGCCUGGUCAUUGAGGACCAAGAGCAGUACAGAAAGGCUGUGAGGAUAAUCAACAGAGUCUCUCAGAAUAAAGUGUGGCUGCGGCCGACCUGGAUUAGAGUGCUGAUCUAUGUUAUUGGUGUAAUUUUUUUAUAUUUAUAUUAUCAUUUUGUGUAUUUACAGCAACUACAGUCCUUACUGGUUACUGGGAUCCUCAUUUCUCCAGAUAUCCAGUUGGAUUAGUAGUUGUCUCUAUCUCUUGUCUCUCCUGUGUUCCAUUGGGGCUAAUGAUUCAGAUAAGUCUCUGGAAGAAGGAUGAUGAGAAGUACAUUGUGAGGGAGAUGCAGAAAGUCAUAGGUGAAGCAAACGUAAUCCUUUCUGAGCAGAAGGUGUUAAUGGGCUGUCAGUCCAAUUCCAAAAUUUAUCUGGUGUAUGUUACUCUGGAUGGUUGCAAACAGGACUUUGCCACAACAUUUUCUGAGCAGGCUGUUACUGAGGAUAUGUUUCGUAGAGCGUUGUUCUUCUUCUCAUCAGGAUACACCUGCUGUCUUGCCAAAAGACACUUUCCUUUUCCUCUGCCCGACUCUGGAGGUCACCUGGAGGGAGGAAUGUGUUUCUGUCAGUAUGUCUCCCAGCAGCUGAGCAGAGAAGAAUGGAAGUAGGAAGAAAAGAACUUCAGGAUGCAUUGAUGAUCCAAAAGGUGUAGAGCAAACUGUCAGUUUCAGAAAAGCUCAUUGCAACUUAUUGUAAAUAAUCUUAUCUGACAAAAUCCCAACCAACAACCAUCAUUUGCUGUGAGUGGACAAAGAAACCAGUGACAGCCACUAAAGGAAUAGUUUGGUUUCUCUGACAUGGCGUCAUAUGAAGCACCUAUCCAUAGUUGGUGUUUUACCUGCAGAAGAUCACAGGCCUCAGUGUGGACAAACACAGAGGAGAACCAGCACAGAUCCCAACCUGAGUAUUGCUGUGGACGAGAUCAGCAACAAUGAGUAUUCUAAGUUAAAUUUAAAAAAGGAUUAACUAAAAUCUGUAUCAGUUUCAGUGUAUGCCAAUUUUAGAACAUUUUCAUCACUUGACCUUUCUGUCACUCUGCCCUUUCCAAUGGCAGACUGAAGCCUUCAUUGUUUUCAGAGCCACCAGACUCCAUUGACAAAAACAAUCAUUUUACCUGACAGGAUACAGGAGAAACUGGUUUACUGCUGCCUCAAUUCAUGAAGCUGUUUGUCCUACUGUGUGACUUUUACUUUUUUGUUUGUUUGUUUACAGUUAGCAUGAAUCCAAAUUAGUGUUUCAAACAUCAAAAUCAAACAACAGCAGAUAAGAAACUCCAGUGAUCUGCUCGGUAAAAUUACUGCUGUUGUCAGUGGAAUCUGGUGGAUCUGGAGAGGCUGGUUUAACUGCUUCACUUCUCGGUUGGAAAAGGAUUUCUGUGUGCAAGUAUCUGAUCCAAACCCUGUUUAAACAAAACAGACGAUCCCUUUAAAGGAACAGUCACUUUGGAGUAGAGGCUCUGAUGAGAUCAAGGUGAUGCCUGUACCUUUAACAAUCAAAAGUGGGGCGUCGUGCUUUACUUUCAUUUUCUACCUUAGAGUUCACUUACAUUCUUGAACAAACACACAGCACGGAGAGUUUUCAUUAUUUUGGCUUGAAUUUGUGUCUUCAGUAGGUACGAAUAUACAAUGGUGUAUGUUGUCAUGUUGGUCAUAGCUUUCAUUCUUAAAUAGAGCAGUAGGACAGUAUUGUUGAUUGUUUGUAGCUCAAUCAGUGCAGAUAUGAAAGCUCACAAGCCUGUUUUCUCCUUUCCUUUACUUCCCGGAGAAACACCCUUUGUUGGUUUUGUAUAUUUUCAAUUCUUUUACAACAUGGGUAAAUGUAAAGUUCAGUGACUUUGCAUUUGAGUUUAUUUGAUUACAGAUUUACAAUCAUUCUUCUUUGUGCACAAAUAAGCUUCUUAAUGUACGUUGAGCUGCACUGAUUGUUGUAAACGUAGUUAUGUUAUAUCACAUUGUUUCAGUGCUGCAAUCUGUUGUUAGACAUGAAAUGAACUGAAGAUUUCUGUUGUCUGAGUUUCAUUUUAUUGUACAUUUUGUCAUCACUUACCUUUAGUUUAAUAACAGGUCUCAUGUUAGCCACAAUUUUGAACUUGUUAGAUUAAACUUUGUGCGUCAUCACAUGUUGCAGAGUAGUUUAUAUCUGUUUUAAUGUAAAUAUAGGAAUUUAACAGGAUUACUCUUUAAAGUCUAGUGACUCAGUUAUUUUUAAAUAUUGAGUGUAUUUUAUGUUCUGCUUGUGUCACUCUUCAAAUUAUUAUAAAAAGUUGUCAUGUUACAAACAUGUAUUUUCUUCUAACUUUUCACAUUUUUCAUAGGUAAUGGAGGCGAUCAAUUCCCUUGAUACUGCAGACAUUCAGUCACAGCCCACUGUUCCACUGUCUCCCCAUGUUCAUGUUCCUCCCACACUGAGAGGUGAGGAGUGUUACCAUGUCUUCAUCAGCUACAGCAGCACUGACUACCAGUGGACCCACUCCCUCAUCAACCAGCUGGAGUCCCGCAACCUGCAGGUCUGCUACCACGAGCGUGACUUCACUCCCGGUCGCACCGUGUUGGAGAACAUGUCUGAGUGCAUCCAGGAGAGCCAGAAGGUCCUGCUGGUCCUCAGCCCAGAGUUUGUGAGGAGUCGCUGGUGUCUCCUGGAGGCCAACAUGUCUCUGUUCAGAGACUGUCUGGAGAGGAAACCCAUCAUCCCAGUGCUGCUGGAUCCAGGAGUCUCAGUUCCUCUUCACCUCUGCCAUCUCACCUACCUGGAGGCCAGUGACCGCGACUUUCUGAAUAAGCUGCUCAAAGUGAUCUGCACCCCCAACCAGCAGCUUCAGGGCUCCACUGUUCUUCCUUUCCAACCUCCCUCCAUCUACAAUGGAAAGGCCUUGCAGCCUCUGUCUGCUGUCAAUGAAGACGGACUCUAUAAAUGGGACUGUGGUCAGUUCAGUGACAUGGAGGUACCUGACCAACUUCGCCUGAUCAUUGAGGACCAAGAGCAGUACAGAAAGGCUGUGAGGAUAAUCAACAGAGUCUCUCAGAAUAAAGUUUCGCUGCGGCUGAUCUUGAUUACAUCACUGAUCUACGCAUUUGGUGCUAUUGCUCUUGGAGUAUAUUUAGUAUCAACAAAUGCAGCUCUGACGGACACCAAACAUGAUACCACAAUUGUAAUUGAGUCAGGGUUUGCUAUGUUUUGUGGUUGCUGUAUUCUACUUAUGGUGUUUUUUCAGAUUGGUUUCUUGGAGAAGGAUAUUGAGUGGUACAUUGUGAGGGAGAUGCAGAAAGCUGCAGGUGAAGCAAAUGUAAUCCUCUCUGAGCAGAAGGUGUUAAUGGGCUGUCAGUCCAAUUCCAAAAUUUAUCUGGUGUAUGUUACUCUGGAUGGUUGCAAACAGGAGUUUGCCGCAACAUUUUCUGAGCAGGCUGUUGCUGAGGAUAUGUUUCGUAGAGCGUUGCUCUUCUUCUCAUCAGGAUACACCUGCUGUCUUGCCAAAAGACACUUUCCUUUUCCUCUGCCCGACUCUGGAGGUCACCUGGAGGGAGGAAUGUGUUUCUGUCAGUAUGUCUCCCAGCAGCUGAGCAGAGAAGAAUGGAAGUAGAAAGAACUUCAGGAUGUACUGAUGAUCCAAAAGAUGUAGAGCAAACUGUCAGUUUCAGAAAAGCUCAUUGCAACUUAUUGUAAAUAAUCUUAUCUGACAAAAUCCCAACCAACAACCAUCAUUUGCUGUGAGUGGACAAAGAAACCAGUGACAGCCACUAAAGGAAUAGUUUGGUUUCUCUGACAUGGCGUCAUAUGAAGCACCUAUCCAUAGUUGGUGUUUUACCUGCAGAAGAUCACAGGCCUCAGUGUGGACAAACACAGAGGAGAACCAGCACAGAUCCCAACCUGAGUAUUGCUGUGGACGAGAUCAGCAACAAUGAGUAUUCUAAGUUAAAUUUAAAAAAGGAUUAACUAAAAUCUGUAUCAGUUUCAGUGUAUGCCAAUUUUAGAACAUUUUCAUCACUUGACCUUUCUGUCACUCUGCCCUUUCCAAUGGCAGACUGAAGCCUUCAUUGUUUUCAGAGCCACCAGACUCCAUUGACAAAAACAAUCAUUUUACCUGACAGGAUACAGGAGAAACUGGUUUACUGCUGCCUCAAUUCAUGAAGCUGUUUGUCCGUGUGACUUUUGUUUUUUGGUUUGUUUGUUUGUUUACAGUUAGUAUGAAUCCAAAUUAGUGUUUCAAACAUCAAAAUCAAGCAACAACAAAUAAGAAACUCCAGUGAUCUGCUCGGUAAAAUUACUGCUGUUGUCAGUGGAAUCUGGUGGCUCUGGAGAGGCUGGUUUAACUGCUUCUCUUCCCGGUUGGAAAAGGAUUUCUGUGUGCAAGUAUCUGAUCCAAACCCUGUUUAAACAAAACAGACGAUCCUUUAAAUGGCUCAUCAAACAAAACAGACGAAAACAGGCUCGUCUGUUUUGUUUAAACAAAAUAGACGAGUGAUUUAAAGGAACAGUCAGUUUGCAGCAGAGGCUCUGAUGAAAUCAAUGUUAUGCCUGUACCUUUAACAACCAAAAGCGGGACAUUGUGGUUGACUCAUUUUCUGCCUUGAGAGUUCACUUACAUUCUUCUGCAAUCACACAGCACGGACACUCUUCAUGAUUUUGGCUUGAAUUUGUGUCAUCAGCAGGUAAUGGAGGCGAUCAAUUCCCUUGAUACUGCAGACAUUCAGUCACAGCCCACUGUUCCACUGUCUCCCCAUGUUCAUGUUCCUCCCACACUGAGAGGUGAGGAGUGUUACCAUGUCUUCAUCAGCUACAGCAGCACUGACUACCAGUGGACCCACUCCCUCAUCAACCAGCUGGAGUCCCGCAACCUGCAGGUCUGCUACCACGAGCGUGACUUCACUCCCGGUCGCACCGUGUUGGAGAACAUGUCUGAGUGCAUCCAGGAGAGCCAGAAGGUCCUGCUGGUCCUCAGCCCAGAGUUUGUGAGGAGUCGCUGGUGUCUCCUGGAGGCCAACAUGUCUCUGUUCAGAGACUGUCUGGAGAGGAAACCCAUCAUCCCAGUGCUGCUGGAUCCAGGAGUCUCAGUUCCUCUUCACCUCUGCCAUCUCACCUUCCUGGAGGCCAGUGACCGCGACUUUCUGAAUAAGCUGCUCAAAGUGAUCUGCACCCCCAACCAGCAGCUUCAGGGCUCCACCGUUCUUCCUUUCCAGCCUCCCUCCAUCUACAAUGGAAAGGCCCUGCAGCCUCUGUCUGCUGUCAAUGAUGAGGGACUCAAUAAAUGGGACUGUGGUCAGUUCAGUGACAUGGAGGUACCUGACCAACUUCGCCUGAUCAUUGAGGACCAAGAGCAGUACAGAAAGGCUGUGAGGAUAAUCAACAGAGUCUCUCAGAAUAAAGUGUGGCUGCGGCCGACCUGGAUUAGAGUGCUGAUCUAUGUUAUUGGUGGAAUUUUUAAUUAUAGUAUAUUGGGUUUUUGUGGAUUUGUAGCAACUACAGCCUUUACUACUCAGUCUGAUUUUUAUGGCUUCAGAUAUCCAGUUGGAUUAGUAGUUGUCUCUAUCUCUUGUCUCUCCUGUGUUCCAUUGGGGCUGAUGAUUCAGAUAUGUCUCUGGAAGAAGGAUGAUGAGAAGUACAUUGUGAGGGAGAUGCAGAAAGCCAUAGGUGAAGCAAACAUAAUCCUCUUUGAGCAGAAGGUGUUAAUGGGCUGUCAGUCCAAUUCCAAAAUUUAUCUGGUGUAUGUUACUCUGGAUGGUUGCAAACAGGAGUUUGCCGCAACAUUUUCUGAGCAGGCUGUUGCUGAGGAUAUGUUUCGUAGAGCGUUGCUCUUCUUCUCAUCAGGAUACACCUGCUGUCUUGCCAAAAGACACUUUCCUUUUCCUCUGCCCGACUCUGAAAGUCACUUGGAGGGAGGAAUGUGUUUCUGUCAGUAUGUCUCCCAGCAGCUGAGCAGAGAAGAAUGGAAGUAGAAAGAAAAGAACUUCAGGAUGUACUGAUGAUCCAAAAAGUAUAGAGCAAAUUGUCAGUUUCAGAAAAGCUCAUUGUAACUGUGUUUACAUGACCACUGCUUACAUGCAGUUGCUUCAUAAUCUUAUCUGACAAAAUCCCAGCCAACAAAAAUAAUUUUCUGAGAGUAGACAAAGAAAGAAGUGACAGCCACUAAAGGGAUAGUUUGGUUUCUCUGACAUGUGGUCAUAUAAGGCACCUGUCCACAGUUAGUGUACUAUGAAACAGCUAAUAUGCAGCAACAAUGAGUAUUAAAAAUCUGUAUCAGUUUCAACAUACGCUAUUUUUAGAACAUUUUCACCACUUUCCCUGUAAUGGAUGUGAAUUUAAACUUUGACAUUAUUCUGUUCUGUGCAACCAGACUCCAUUGAUAAAAACUACAAUUUUACCAAGCAGAAUACAGGACAUGCUAGUUUAAUGCUGCAUCUUUUGAUUUCUAGGUGGAUAAAAUACAUUUUGUUGAUGACCUCGUUUUUCUCUCUGCUUCUCCAAGCAAGGACUCUGAUCUACUGUAGAUAAAAUAGUGACUCUAGGCCAGGACGUCAUAUAACUUCUAAAACAAAUUCAAAAACAGACAAUAAUUUUUUUUUUCCUUUUGUUAAAGACACAGCCAUUUUGUAUUAGAAGCUCUUUAGAAAGCAAUGCAGCUUUGGUGGUCAAUUUCCAUUUCCUUAUUCCUGAGUUGGUUGGUUCUUGUACAAUCACACAGCACAGACACUCUUCAUUGUUUUGGCUUGAAUUUGUGUCUUCAGCAGGUAUGAAUAUACAAUGGUGUAUGUUGUCAUGUUGGUCAUAGCUUUCAUUCUUAAACAGAGCAGUAGGACAGUAUUGUUGAUUGUUUUUAGCUAAAUCAGUGCUCAAUCGCGAAUUUACUUCCUGGAGAAACAUCUGUUGUUGGUUUUGUAUAUUUUCAAUUCUUUUACAACAUGGGUAAAUGUAAAGUUCAGUAACUUUGCAUUUGAGUUUAUUUGAUUACAGAUUUACAAUCAUUCUUCUUUGUGCUCAAAUAAGCUUCUUAAUGUAGAUUUAGCAACACUGAUUAUUGUAAACAGUUAUGUCAUAUCACACUGUUUCAGUGCUGGAAUCUGUUGUUGGACAUGAAAUGAACUGAAGAUUUCUGUUGUCUGAGUUUCAUUUUAUUGUAGAUUUUGUCAUCACUUACCAUUAGUUUAAUAACAGGUCUCAUUCAUCAAUUUUGAACUUGUUUGAUUAAACGUUGUGCUUCAUCA